ACAUCAUGCGUCGCAGGGAAGCACACAAACCAAUCGCAGGGUGCCGCAAUGGCCACUCAGUUGCCGCUGUAAAUUUCACGAUCCCGUUCUGGCACUACUCCCCGUACUUCUCAGAAGGUCUGCAUUUAUUGAUAGAGAUGGUCAUAGUAGCCUUACCGAGCACCGGUGGUGACCAUAGACGACCUGACGCAUUUUGAUCGCGCCGCCGCUUGUACGCAGUGGUCUGCCGCUUUUCUCGGUGCGUGCGCAUCUCGUACUGACUAGAUCGCCAAGGUGGAAGAUGGUGGUGGGCCCACUGGUGUCCGAGGUGUGCUUCACCUUUGUGCUAGCGGCUGUGCUGUUGCACCGGUAUGGCAACUUCAGCCAGCAUCCGCUGCUGGUCACAGUCAGCGUGUUUGUGGCCUGGUACUUUUCUUUCACCAUCAUCUUCAUCCUGCCUCUGGACGUGUCCACGGCGGCCUACCGGCAGUGCCUGCACGAUGCCAGCCUAGUGCCCAGUAAUGGAACAAUGAGCAACAGCACCCCUCUCCACCAAGCAGCCUGUGUGCAGCCCUGGAGCUUUGUCCCAGAAGGGGUCCUGCAGAGCCUCUGGCGUGUCGUCUACUGGACGUCCCAGGCCUUGACCUGGUUGAUCCUGCCUCUGAUGCAGUCGUACUCUACGGCGGGUGAGUUCACCAUGGCCGGCAAACUGCGGCGUGCCCUGAUUGAGAAUGCCAUCUACUAUGGUAGCUACCUGCUCAUCUUUGGUGUGCUGCUUGUCUACCUUGCUCUGCAGCCAGGCAUGAACCUGGAUGCGGCCAAGCUGAAGGUGGUGUGCGUGAGUGCCAGCAACACGUGGGGCCUGUUCCUGCUGGUGCUGUUGCUGGGCCAUGGCCUGGUGGAGGUGCCGCGGGGCCUCUGGCACCGGGCCCAGCCUGGACACACCUUGUGUCACACCUACUUUCGGGCGGCGAAGCUCAGCCUCGAACGGGCCGAAGCACAGGAGCGCCUCGACGACCUCCUGCAGGAAAUCCAGCAAGUGUCAAGCAGCCUCAGCUCGGGCCAUCUACAGCGCCACAUGGAUGUCAUCCUGGCUAAGCUUCCUGAAGGUACCAAGGUCAGUGGCCAUUCCCGGCAGCGAGUCAACGCUGAGGUGGACAUCCUGUCAGGCUCGGUGGUCACUGAGCGCACCCUCGUUCGGCUGCACCAGCAGGUGAUCCGAGCUCUGCAGCACGAGAACCGCACCAGCUGCCAGUGGCGACUGCUGGUGGAGCAGGCCCUGUACCUGGAGGACGUGGCACGCACCUCAGAGGCUGGCCGUGGGGAACGCCGAUUGCGCUCGCCAACCCUGCUAGGUUCCUGGUGUGGACCCACCGUAGAAUGGUACUGGCUGUGCCGGGUGCGCAGUGUGUGCCUGCGGGCGCUGUCCCUCCUGCUGGGUGUGUGGAGUGUGGUGGUUGUGUGGAGCGAGAUGACCUUUUUCAUUCGCUCACCCAUGGUGUCCCUGUUUGGGCUGUUCCACCGGGCGGCUGAGCGGCGGCAUGACUACCUCGCCAUUGAGUUGAUGAGCAUUGUGACCCUGGGCUACCUGUGCGUGUGCGCCUACUACACCGUGUUCCGGGUGCGGGUUCUCAACUAUUACUACCUGGCACCGCAUCACCUGACGGAUGCCUACAGCCUGGUCUUUGCGGGCAUGCUGCUGUGCCGGCUCACGCCACCACUCUGCCUGAACUUUCUUGGCCUGCUGCACCUGGACACGCACGUAUCCUCCGAGGCACACCGUGUCGAGACUGCCUACACCGAGAUCAUGGGCCAUCUGGAUCUGAUUCCGAUUGUGGCACGAGGCUUCAACCUGUACUUCCCGACACUUAUCUGCGUGCUAUGCCUGGCCACCUGGUGGCACCUGGGAAGUCGACUGCUGCACUGCCUCGGCUUUGAGCAGUUCAUCACUGACGACGAGCUCACGGGGGACCUCGUCAACGAGGGCAGGGACCUCAUCAAGCGGGAGCGCGGGCGACGUCAGAGGGCGGCAGACCAGCGACGGAGGCCUGCUGUUCCAAGGCAGCCACUGGCGGAUCACUCGCCCCCCAAUGGAGGAGGCCUGGGCCUGACCCGCUCCGGCUCAGAGGAGAGUGCACGCACCGAGUUGCUCCGCGGUGUGGAGCCCCUGGCCGGCUACACAGCUCCGCGGGCAACCGAAGAUGCUUGGCGGCGACCCUUCUCGUCUCCGCCCAGAGGACUCUUUGAUGAUGUCUGAGGCUGGAAAGGCAUCAUACAUGUCCACCAGGCACAAGUUUCGAGUUGAUCCAGAUGACCGCAGUCACCGUUCAGUGAAAAAAACUUGGUGGUGAAAGUCCGCUCAAGUUCGCGCAGAAACUGCAAAGUGACAUCAACCAUGCAGGUGUAACUUCAGGUGUAACAUCAGUCAUCACCGCCAGACCAAACAGACGAAAAAGCUGCCAACUGUGCUAGGACUCCUGGCAGGCAUUGCACUGUCACUACGCGGCCAGUGUGUGUGGCGUAGUUCCACUACCGUGAAAACCAGAAUAUAGGUUAGACCAGAAUAUAGAUUGACCCCCCCCCCCCCAAUCUUUAAUUCUUAAGUAAAGAAAAAAUAAAAAAAUAACUGAAGCACUGAAAUUCUGGUUGCUGCACUCCAACACGCUGCUUUUGGCUCCUCCAGUUUCAGAUGCUUUUCUUAUGAUGCUUCAAAUUCACGCUGUGCUGCCAGGUUGCCACGAGCGAGGGCUUUCUUUCUUCUUGAAGUCUAUGGUGAACUGCCAUUGGCUACCACUCACUUUCAAAGAAUAUUGGAAAAAAGAGCCCAGAACCAACACAACUUUGCAACAGGUGCUACAGGACAACCAAAACAACCAAGCUGCCCAUUGUUGCAAGACUCCUAUAAUUUUUUUCCACCAUGACGAAUAUAUAAGAUGGGGGUCGACUUUUUGCUGCGGGUUCUUGAAAAAAAGUUCUACAGUUAAAGCUCUAUCUAACGAAACCCAUUUUUACGAAGUUCUCGAUCUAACACAGAAACUUUAAUUCCCUGACAAGUACCCACAAGGUUCAAUGUUGCCAUCAAUUCAAAUUAACGAAACUAGCUUGCAUUAAACCAGAUUUAACAAAGCUUUUCUAGAAAUAAAGUAGUAAUAAAAGCUGUGAUUUCUUUAUAAUUUUGACGCAGAUGCAUUUUUCUUCAAGAAUGCACUCAAUGCUAUUGACAUAAAACAUCUAAGCACCCUAGUCACGGCCCUAGCUUUACUUUGACAAGGCUGCAUGCUGCACCCAUGCACUGAACAACGUACUCAACAGUCGCUAGCAUUCUUACUUACCAGAUGGCGCUAGGGGCGGCAGUAGUUGGGCCGCCCUAGCGGACUUGUUACAUGCGCAGGCGUGAGUUACUGGCAAAUACAAUGCCGCGGUACCUUUUAGGUGCCACUACGUUACAACUUCAGAUUUCAAAGGAUUGAAAAAUCCCUCACUCAAUUUUCGGAACUACCCGAUUUAACAAAAUAGUUCGAGCUUGUUCAUCACUUUGUUAAGCUGAGUUUCAACUGUACCUAUAUUCCAGUUUUUAAGGUAGAGUGUCACCUCACUAGACACUGGACAGGAGCUGCCAGGAACAAGUGAGUGGUAGCUGCCAUUUUGGCGCAGUACCCACCACAAAAAUGAUUGGGUGCUGACAGGAACAGUAGACUGGGAUGAGUGUCAGCCAGGUUAACAGCGGCAGCCGGAGUGACCAUCCUUGACGAGAGCCUAGAGCUUGAUUGGGCGGACCAGCCGCAGCCUAAGCCAGCAGGAGGCAUGGCUGGCAUGAGUCUGGCCCCCAAGGCCGGAGUAUGCAACAGGACCAGGGACAGCAAGCCUCGUAGCAGCAACAGACUGGCAUGGUUGGACCAGGGACAGCUGGCCUCAUGGUCAGCAAGACUGGUGGCACAGUGGAACCAUGCGCAGGGAGAAGACUGGACGAUGCAGGGGAAAGGACAGGAAAGCCCAUGAGGCAUAGCUGGCUUGCCAAAUAAAGAUGCCCACCCAGCUGAUCGCC